CACUGAAAACCAGUCCAUUCCAUUGUCCAACUAUCGUUGUGAGAGCCUCGGCUGCGCCUCGUCUAUCGCUGCAUGCACAACCCCGCCCUCGCUCAAAUCAUCACUCACUUGUUGGGUUCUCUGGCCGCUCUUCUCAUCUGUGUGUGUCGUCUGUUGCUUCAUGCAUAGCCCUGGCUGUUGUAUCAGCGCCGCUUUUAUCCAGCGAAGAGAUCGUAACUACUGUCAAACCACGGAGAGACUUGAUCGGCUGAGGGGGUUCGUCGCACUAAUGUUUGAUUGAUAGUCGGCGUGACCACCGCUUGACAUCCUCACACUCGUCCUUUGUAAUACCAUAGUUUGCCGUUCUGAUCCUGGAACCUCUCUGGACUUGUGCCCCCUUCGUGUCUGUACUAGAGUUGGCUUCUGUCUGUAUCUUCUGUGGUUUCUUCGUCAAAGAUCUGAGACGACAAGUACCUGAGUUAAGGGAGCCUGGGAGUCUUCUGUAUCAAGACUGUCUGAUGCCGCAAGGGAUAACUCAAAACCUGGUCAGGAGUGACGAAAUUAGUCUUAACUCUAACACAACCACACUUGGCUAACACGACGGUGAUGUGGCGACUUUGCGAAGAAGUUUGAUCUACUGAAUGUAUGGGUCUUAAGUUUCUUCAGAGAUCAUCCACAGUUCGACGACGAGAGAUGUUUGGGAACAUCCCAUGAGUGCAGUAUAGCCUCACGCAACAGUAUAUCCGCCAUAUCUCAGUUUCUGAAGGCUACUUUCCUACUCAUAGAUUCUACAUGCAGGUCGCUGGAAUCAGGCAAUCCGAGACUCCAGUUUGCAAACCAGAAGUUGAUAAUAUGUUGCUGAGGUUGCCACCCCGAUAACGCAAAGGUCUGCACCUUGUUACAGACUCGUCAUCCGAGGAAAAAACUCUUUCUCAUACUUACAGCCACAGUGUGUCAUACCCGUGAUACAAUCAGAGGGGUCGCUUGAUCAGUACUUCAGAGAAGCUUCAGUCUUCUGAUUCCUUCUACUCUAGCUUUUCGGAGACCAUGGCACCUUACCAAGCAUUUGACAGCCAAGGUUCUCCCAAACAGUUGAGCCCCAAAAGCAGCUCACUGGAGAUAGUGAGUGUAAGCAAGGAGUCUCAUAAUAUGAGCAAGCCGGUCGCUGGUGGCGGGACUCCAUUUAGACGCGAAUGGCAGACCGCCGGCACGCAUACUAUUCAAGCACCUACUAUCCGGGUUAUCCACAUUUUUGCUCCAAAGGUGAUCAAAACAGACGUGGCGAACUUCAGGUCUACGGUACAGAAACUAACAGGCAGGAACACCAGGAAGUCGCAACGAAGAGCCCGCACGAAGACGGUUAGUAAGGUUAUUGUUCCCAACCAAGGUUGUGCGGUGAUGGGAGGCUCGCAAGGUUGUGCGAGUUUUGCUGGGCCGCAACUUUGGGAUCAGGAAAGCUCUCAGAAGGAAGUGCUCCAGGGACUCGUCGUCGAUGCUUGCGGUUCCGAUCAUCUGCAUCGCUCGAACAGCAGGGAGUCAACGUCAUUCAGCCUGGAAAGCAACACCAGCAACGACACUACUGACUUAUCCAGCCCCUCUGAGUUAUCGUUCCCUCAGUGCUGCUUCACACAAGACACCGAGCAACAGUAUUCGUUGGACGCUAUUCCUGCUCCUUUCUUUGGGUCGGUCGGGUCGGACAUGGUGCAGACUUGCUUUGCCGACUCAUCGCCGACUUUCUCAAAUACCAGCUCUCACGGUUCGGUAAGAAAUCUGGAGAACGGGUUUCAAUUGCCGCAUGUGAUGGACAGUAGCAUGAGCUUGCUGAGUUUCGAAGCAGACAUUUCAGAAUCGGGACUUGGCUCUUCGCUACUGUCCGAUUUCCCAUUUUUAAAUCCUUUAGGAGGGACUUCCUCUGGAGGCAGCUUGUACGAGUUAAUGCCCCAACAAUAUUGCAGAUUGAGCGCCGUUCACCAGCCGUUUCAAGGAUCUGGUGCUUUCUUUGAGUCCAUUUAACUCUUGGAUAACGAAUUUUCGGCACAGAUUUAAGAGAUAAGUUAUGAGUGGGUCACCACAAAUACAUUGUAUUGUAAUUCACGUGGCGAGUUAAGACGAUGAAAAGUGCAACUUCAAGUUUGAGUUGUGCUGGUUCUAGUGGCAGUGUACACUUGUACAGCAUUGAGAUCAGAAUUCAGGAGCAGUAGAGUAGAUUUGAACAUGUUACAUCACAUCUGAGAUACGAACCCCAUGGGCUGAGCAAAUCACAGCGGCAACAAGAAUGAUUACUAUUUUCUUUGCCCGAGCAACUGUAUAGAACAGAUGGGCCGCAUAAUGAAAUUUCAACGACGCGUUCAACUAGUUGAAAUGGGUACCAAAGACAUCUCUUAACUCCGAUGCAAGAUCUGAACAUUUCUUCAGAAGAAGGCACUCGGUCACACAGUUACACAGCAUUGAUGGUUACAUUGGUAGCCAUUGAAGAGUGUAGAUAUAAAUCGGCUCAUUUUUGGGAUUGGGACCUCAUGGUUUCUUAGGUAGAAUUCUAACCAUUCCUCGAAGGAAUUGUAGGAGCUUUCUGUUUAAAGUGUCUACUCCGAUCUCUGUUCACAUAGUACAUAUACAAUAAAGAAUGUCUGUUUAGGGAAACGAUGCAA